AGUUGGUUUAUCGGAUUAAAUUAUCAGCACGAUGCGACAGUAUCUCAAAUAUUUCUGGAGCACUGGAAUAAUAGGUAUCGCUGAACAGGUGAUCGAGACUCUGUUGGUUCACGGGGUUGAAUAUGAAUUUGAUUAUGGUUUCGGGAAUUCGUACAAGUGGAGGAAUUUAUCUGGAGGUUUUGAAGAGGCUAAGAAGAGCGGAAAGCCCAUUUUUUUGAUUAUUCACAAGCCAAAAUGUCCGGCGUGCAUUAAAUUGAAGGACAAGUUCAGUCGAUCUGUCAAAUUGAUUGACAUAAGUCAACAUUUUGUUAUGAUAAACGUCGAGAACAGCUCCGAGUUGAUAAAAUCAGAUGAAUUCUCCCCCGACGGUAAAUACGUGCCACGAAUUCUCUUUUUCACGUCAGCCGGUGAUUUUAUAAAAACCGCCUACAAUCGUCAUCCCGAUGCAGACCCAGAGCACCGUUACUUCUACAGUUCUCCAGUUCAAAUAAUUCAAGUCAUGCAACAAGUCAUCGACAACUCGGGUAGAAAUCCCCAGUGAAAACCUAGAGGGCAAGGGAUAAAAUCAAGAGAUAAAGAGGAUGAAAAAUAAGGAUAAGAAAAAAAACAGUAAAGAUAAUAGAUUUGAGUUUGAGACUCGGUGAAAGGGAGUGGAAGCCAGAGGUCCAAGGGGUGAGGGCCUUCUUCACUCAACCCUUAUUCAAGUUGAACGUUUAACCGUACACUCUACGUCAAAGGGAUUCCCUUUGAUCCUCCGGCAACGAACACAAAGUUGUAUUAUUUCCACAGCGCUCCUUUCCACGCUUUCAAACGACUCUGGAGACUCGUGGAGGCGUAAAACUCGUUCUCUGACGACGUCGCUCUAUCUGAAGACAUGGACAAGGUAACCCUGACUCAAGUCUCCAUAUCAGCCUUAUCUGCCCCAAGAAUAUUGAGGAAUUCGCGAGAGUCACUAUGUGGCCGAUUACAAUCUAAAUAUUACAAAAAUAUAUAUGUCACUGAAUAAUAUAAAUAAAUGUCA